AUGGCGGUGACAGACGACGUCAAGAAGGCGAAGAAGCGCCUUGCAGAGAAGAAGUACCGCGCUGCCAACGCAGAAAAAGAGCAGACCCGAAAGAAAACGUACCAUGCAGCCAACAAGGAGAAGGUUGCGGUCCAGAAGAAGGCCUACUACGAGAAGAAUCGUGCGCAUUUGAGCGAGAAGAAGAAGGAAAAUUACCAGAAGCACAAGGAAGUCCUCCAGGCCAAGUCCAAGUCGUGGCACUUGGCGAAUCGGGCGUUCAGAAACGCAUACGACCGAGCUUGGUACAUUGUGCUUGCGUUGAAGUGGUUGUCUCAUGUCUCUUCCUACUAG